AUGUCUUCAGCAGGACGUGGCCGCGGCGGCAAGUUCAACAAGGUCAAGCGCGGAGGCGGCAAGAAGUUCUCACGCGACCUACAACCGUUGAAUGCAGAUGGCGAGGUCGUUGGCAUGUGGGGUGAACAACCCGACAAGGUUGACGAAGAGUCGUCCGAAGAGGAAGAAUCUUCUGAGGAAGAGUCUGGCGACGAGGACGGCAAGCCCGCACAAGAAGAACUGACGCGCGAGCAGCGUCGCGAACUCGCAAAGAAGCGCAAGGCGGCCGCGAUCGCGAAGAAGUCACAGAAGACCCCCGAGGCAGGCGAUAUGCCCACCGACUCCUCCGAAGAGGAAGACGACGAUAUGCCCGCGAACCCAAACCACACUGCGAAAGCCCGUACACAAGCCACAAAGGCACCUGUCGACCCAGACGCUGAGCCUGCUGCUGCCGCUGCUAAGGGCAAAGGCAAGCAGCAAGACCUGUCUCAACUCUCUCGCCGCGAGCGUGAGGCUCUUCAGGCACAAGCCAGCAAGGACCGAUACGAUAAACUACACGCUGAAGGCAAGACCGAGCAGGCUCGUGCCGAUCUGGAGCGCUUAAAGCUGGUCCGCGAGCGUAGGGAUGCUGAGGCGGCGCGGAAGAAGGCUGAGGCUGAGGAGCGUGCUGAGCUGGAGAAGGAGAAGAAGGAGCUCAUGGACCGUGAGAACAGGCGGCGGGAGCAGGCCAAGGGCAAGGCGGACCGUCUUGCUAAGGGCGGCAAGAAGAAGGCCUAA